CUAAAGUUAUUUUCCUUUCAUAUUUUGUUUUGAUAUCAUACAUUUAGUCCCGAAAUGAAUCAACCAAUUGUCCCUGAACACGAAAUAGUGAAUAAUGCUUUGGAAAUAAAUAACUAUCUGAUCUCUGCAACAAUCGAAAAUCAGAACUUGGCACGCUUUUCUGAUGCUGUAGAUCAUCUAGAGACUCUGUCUAAGAACUUGGGAUACUUGGAUAAAAUAGGUGAGCGGGAUGUAGAGGCCUCAAGUAUUCCUAAACAUGCUAAUCUCUAAUUUCGUAUUGUAUGGGUUGUACUUUUUUAUUUUGUGAAUUAUUAUAGCCUUUUAUC